AUGCCCUCCCUCCUCACCGCAAUCACCUGCCUGCUUGCCCUCAGCAUCAACCUUAUAUCUGCCGCGCACGCUGGCUUCCACGUCCAGUUUCCAUGGUCGUCACGCGCUCCAAACCCCAGGACUCGGCCAGAGAUAGAUCGGUACAACCCUUUCUGCGGGGAGAUAGUGCACAACCCCCAACGAUACUCCCGCCGCUCCCGCGGUUUCCUCUCCUUUUCCGGUCAUCCUGGGGACCUUGUGACGGCCCUCUAUACCCGGCAAAGAGUGCCAAGGAAGAGAGACGACUUCCCUCACAUCAUCCUGCAGGAUGUGCCCAUCCAGCCUUCAGGUCAGCUAUGUGUGAACGUCACGAUACCAUUUCAGACUGAGGUCGACGAGAUGGGAGUCAUGUACUUCGAGGCGAGGGAUCCGAGGACGGGGAAUGUGGAACACUAUUGCUCGGACGUCAAGAUGGCUAACAUAGAGGCUCUGCCUGAGGAACAUCCGGCUAUGUGUGCGGCUAACAACGAGACGCUUAUCCCGAUGCCGGAUGAGUACCUGUAG